CAUCAAGCGCUAGUAGCUUCCAGCGCACAAGUAAAUACGCACUGCGAGAAAUUGAUCGCGUACUCAUUGAGAAUAAAGCGGCUGCCAAUUAAACGUGUUUCGUCAAUUAAACUACGUGCGAAUUCUCCAGUCGUCGCGCCGCGUUCCGUGCACGCGCCCGCGCGCAAAAAUUUGCAUCCAGUGUGCUUCGUAUUCGACGAAACAGUGUUUCAAGCGACGGCACCCCUAAUAAGCCAGCAUCAUGUUUGAUGUGUUCGGGUCCGUGAAGGGCCUGCUGAAGAUCGAUCAGGUGUGCAUCGACAAUAACAUCUUUCGAUUGCACUACAAAGCGACGGUGAUUGUGCUGGUUGCGUUUUCACUGCUCGUCACCAGCAGGCAGUAUAUUGGUGACCCGAUCGACUGUAUUGUCGAUGAAAUUCCAUUGAAUGUGAUGGAUACGUAUUGUUGGAUUUAUUCCACAUUCACCAUUCCUAAUCGUUUGACGGGCCGUAUUGGUCAGGAUAUGGUACGGCCCGGUGUGGCCGCCUCCGUGGAUGGACAGGACGAGAAAAAGUACCACAAGUAUUAUCAGUGGGUGUGCUUCGCGUUGUUCUUCCAGGCGAUGUUGUUCUACGUGCCGCGUUACUUAUGGAAAACGUGGGAGGGUGGCCGUAUCAAAAUGCUCGUUCAAGAGCUCAACUGCCCAAUUGUCAAUGAAGAGAGCAAGAAUGACCGGAAGAAACUGCUUGUAGAUUAUUUCUUUUCUAAUCUACGUUUGCAGAACUUUUAUGCUUAUCGUUUCUUCAUCUGUGAAGUUUUGAAUUUCAUCAACGUUGUGGGGCAGAUCUUCUUCAUGGACUACUUCCUUGAUGGUGAGUUUAGUACCUAUGGCACAGAUGUCCUCCGGUAUACCGAGAUGGAACCGGAAGAGCGCAUUGACCCAAUGGCGCGUGUCUUCCCCAAGUUGACCAAGUGUACCUUCCACAAAUACGGUCCCUCUGGUACGAUACAGAAACUCGACGGUCUCUGCGUGCUGCCGCUGAAUAUUGUCAACGAAAAGAUCUACGUAUUCCUCUGGUUUUGGUUCAUUAUCCUCAGCGUGCUGUCGGGUAUUUCACUGGUGUAUCGCGCGGCUGUCAUAAUGGGUCCCAAACUGCGCUUGUACCUGCUGCGCGCGCGGUCGCGCCUCGCUUCCCAGGAGCAGAUCGAAGUCAUCGCGAAGAAGUGCCACAUCGGCGACUGGUUCGUCCUCUACCAGCUGGGAAAGAACAUCGACCCGUUGAUAUUCAAAGAGAUCAUUAAUGAUCUUGCCAAGCGGCUGGAGGGCAAGGAAGCUGUCUAAGAACGACGCCGCUAGUACUCAACAAUUCAACAAAACUAAAACAACAAAUUUAUUAAUAAAAAAAAAUGACUCCAAUGCCAUAAUAAUUUUAUUGCUAUUUUUAUAUAAAACGAAAUCAUCUACGAAAAAAAAACAAAACACGAUUACGACGAGCGACAAUCGAAAUUGGAAACCGAAAAUCGACGCGAGCGUACGGUACGAAGAAAACGAGUUUUGUUCGAAAACAAAAGCGAGCAUCUCGGAGCUCAUCUUCGAGAAAACAUGCAACGCUGCACGCAAGAAGCAAGGCAGCGAGUUUGUUACCUGCACACAUACACAUGGCGAUACCGCCAUUAUGCCCUCGUGAGCCAUCCGCAUCUUCACGCUCGGCCAGCGCACACAACUCGUUUUUUAUGGUCGACGAGCCCGAACAAAACCGACACGAACCGAAGUAUCAUCCACAUUCCAUGCAACCUGAAAGAAAUUAAACGAUAAACGCAUACGCAUUUAAAUAUAAUAUUAGGGACCAAUUUCAAUAAGUAUAAUAUUUCUGUGAUGAUGGAGGAAGACGAUAUAACUGAAGAACUAGCCGCCGAAGAAGACUAGAAAUAAAGACUGCACUCUCACUGGCGAUGACGCAACGUCCAGCGCCAUUGCCACGGGACGACGAGAAGAAGGAAAUGUCGCACAAUUUGUUUCCGGUCGACGCGCAACAACAGGAAAAAGGAUCGCAGGUGUAAACUGAAAGUAAAGUGACUCAACACACACGAUUGAAAAUUCGUUCAAAUGGCAGUUAUUGUAGUUUCGUACAGACACUGGACUGUGAUUCAAUAUUGUAAUGAUUAUUUGUAGAUUAUUUUCAAAUGUUUGGCUUCAAAACGUGUGCAAGAUACACACACACAGAGAAGCUGGGUUAUGUUUUAAAGCGGUAGUGUAUCUAAUAAUUUAUCUCAUUUCAUUCAAGAAUCAUUUUUAUUGUGCAUGUCAAUUCCGUUAUUUAUUCUAAUCGUAUUGUGACACGUUGAUGUAUUUAUAACAACGCCCAGUAACGAACAAGCGUAUUUCCAGAUUUUUCACACAAAAUCUGCAAAUGCGGACAACCAGGGUUAGAUUGAAGCAAACGUGCAUGCUCAACACAUUCAUUCCAAAAGCAAUUGCAAGCACAGAUGUUAGGUUAUGGCGGCCAUCUUGCAUUUCGAACGAUAUAACAAUUCCAAUGGCUUUCUUUGUAAAUUUACGUUUCUCUUACGUUUAGUAGAUAUGAUUACUGCCAAUAGUAGUAGUAGCUUUCAUUCGUCUCUUCACUCCAACGUUUUAUUAUUAUUUUUGUUUGUUUUAAUAGUUUUGUAAAUCUUAUUCAUUGCAAUAGUUACAGAUGGAGCACAAGCAAAGCACAACUGUGGAUAGUCGGAUGUUCGAAGAUGUGCGCGUAUAAAAUGCACGAAAUUCCAGAUGGCAAUUGAACAAAGUACAAACUUUACACGCAAUUUUUUUACGUUUACAAUCGGCGCCAUCUUCGAACACCCACCCCCCCUCAAUAAUUGUAAUAAUUUUCUUUCGAUCAAGUUUCAUUUUAUCAUGUUUACAACAAGACAAAAGAUAAUUAUUAAGGUGUAAAACAAGCAGACAAAAAACUAUAAAUAAUAUAUCUUAUAUAUGUGAUGAAAAACUUCUAGGUAUUUAGUUAGUAUAUAGAAUUUUAAUUGAUGAUAAGAUAUGAUACAAAGUUAUGUUCCAUAUUGUUUCCACUUCGACGGGAGUAGAAAGACGUGGGCCGAUGCGAGGCGAACGCAUUUUAUGACAAUUUAUUCGAAAAUCUAUUGUGAAAUUCUCACCGAUAAAGAAAAAUACUACAUUAACAAUGUGUACUGUGUUCAUUCAUUAUAUUAAUGUUAAAUAAUUGUAACAUGCUGAUACCUAAAGUUAUAAAGUUGAAUGCGAACUCUCGCCGUUGCUUCGAUAUCGUGGAGAUGCGCUAAAAUGUCUUUCAAUAUCAGCGUCAACAUUUGAAGGAGCGGCGAGGGUGGAAAAAAUGCGAAAACCGAACGUGCCUUCUAUUUCUAUUUAUAUACUUUGUAUGGAAUUUUAUAUGCAGAAUUAAGGAAUAAAUUAAAGUAUAAAUAUUUAUAAA